UUAUCCUUAAACGAUUUCUUAAUAAAAUUGUCUACGCUCUAUACGAACGAAAAAUACGUUGAUUCGUCGGAACACGUUACGAGUUGUGCGUCCUGCGUGUGUUAUGUGACCGUGUGAAGAAAACGUGUAAUUUGUUAGAUAUGUAUAUAUGUAGCUUGGAAUAAAAGUAAUAAAAUUCCAAUCUCGUCGUGACCCAGAGAGAAAGACGACGACAAGGAAAAAGGAAAGAAAGAAAGAGAUAGAGAGAGAGAGAGAGAAAGAGAGAGAAGAAAAGGAACGAACGAACGAGGAAAGGUGUACGAUCGCCUACGUGAUAUUCUUGAAAUGAGGAGGAUCUCCUAAUGCUUCUCUCGUCGAAAAGGUAACGGACAUUUUCGUGCCCGUUACCUGUGUUGUUACCACUCAACUGUAAUACGAAAGAGGCACGAAGAGACAGUGAGAAGAGAAAGAGAAAGAGAGAGAAAGGAAAAGAAUAUAUAUAUAUAUAUUAUAUAUAUAUACAUACACACAUACAUUAAAAGAAAAAAUCCCGGAGCAUUUUUUACCUGAGAAUAUUAUGAGGAUUAUAAAUCCAGGAAGAUAAUUUAUUGCCUAAGCUUUUAAUGAUAUUCAUCCAACUGACCAUAUGAAAGACAUUAAAGUUGAAAAUGGGUAUAUAUACUUCUCUUUUCCUUUUUUUUUUUUCUUUUCUUUUUUUUUGUUUUUUUCUUUUAUAUAUUGAUUAUUUCUCUCUUUUUCUUUCUCUUUGUUUCUUGUCCCUUUUCGAAAAAGUCAUUAAGGACGAUCAUUUGAAAGGUUUCGGAAAAACCGAAAAAUAGAGAGAGCGAGAAAGAGAGAGAAUGACAGAGUGAGAGAAAGAAAAAGAGAGAAAGAGAGAGAAGGGAGGGGGAAGAGAUAGAGAAAGUUCCCAUAAGUAUAAGAGAAUAGUUGACAAUAAAUAGUAGGGAAGUAUACACGUGUUCAGAGACGUCCGGAUGGGAGCAUCGUCGAGGAUAGGAUAUCGAAAUUACCCAAGAACGUCGACGAAUCGUCGUGUCAGAGAAGGAGGAAGCAGUAACGGAGGUGGUGGAGGUGGAGGAGGAGGAGGAGGAGGUGGUGGUGGUGGUGGUAGUAAUAAAAGAGGAGGAGAAGGAGAAGAAAGAGGAGCAGAAGCAGAAACAGAGGAAGAAAAAGAGAAAGAAAAAGAAAAAGGUGUUGUUAGUGAUAGUAAUAGUAAUAGUAGUAUUAGUAUUAGUAGUAGCUGUUGUGCUGGUGGUGCUGGUGUUGGUGAUAGUAGUGUUAGUAUUAGUUGCGAAGAAGGUAGUGAAGGUGAAAUAAGUGAAGUAGCAGAAGCAGAAGGAAUAAAAAGAGGAGGAGGAGGAGGAGGAGGACGAAGCAUUUUACCGGAAGCGGAAGAAACAAGAGGAAGAGAAGGACGAAGAGGACGAGGAGUACCAUGGCGAAAACUAGUACCGGUGGUGUUUCUUACGGUGUUGUACCAGAGAUGAGACAUUCCAAGAGCGAGGAUCUCCUUGGUGCUAUACCAAAUUCAAGAUCGACAAGUCCUACUAUUGGUUUAUUACCUAGCACCGCUUCCGAGGACGAUUUGAUAGCUGCCAGCGCUUUACACGAGUCAACCGAUCGUCAUCGUCAUCGUGUUGUAGUUGCCGCAGCCGCAGCCGCAGCUGCCGCCGCCGCCAUUGCCGAUACUAGAAGGUUACCAUCCUCAUCGUCGUCAUCGUCAUCUCCAUCGUCAUCCUCGACGGCACCUAAUAACAACAAUAACAAUACAUCAACUACGACCACCAACUUAUUUGCUUCGAAAUUUGUUGGCCCACCUGCUGGUCUUCUUACCGAUCGUAUCGAUCCUGAAGAUUCUAUUCGUGAUAUCGUCACGGAGAAUGAUCUUUAUAGGUUUGUCCUUUUCAAACGUCAUUAUGACAAGUACGUGGCCCUCGCCGCGAAAUACGAGGAAGCAAAGGGUAUUGCUUACUACUUGGAGGAACGUUACCACGAGGUGAAGGCUGAAAGAGAUAAACUGGAAGAGGCCCGUCGUUAUUUGGAGAAAAGAUUAGAGGGCUGCGAGGCAGAAUUAAGAGGUAAAGAGGACGAUCUCUUCCUACAACUGGAGCGAAGUCUUCGAUUGGAGGAAGAAGUCGAACGUGCGAAGGUGGAGCGUGACAGCUUUAUAGCAGCUCGCGAUCGUUUGGAUCAACAGCGCGAAACGACUCUGAGACGAUUGCAACUUCAGCUUGCGCAAAACGAAGCAACUAGGCAAUCCCUCGAAAGGGCACGGCAGGACGUCAUAAGACAGGCGACCGUCAUUCGAGCUGAACGAGAUGCCCUUGAGAAAGAAAACGAAACGUUGAAAGAGAAAUUGCGCAUCGGUGAAGACGAAUUGGGUAUAGAAAGACGUAGACGAGAGGAAGGGGUAGCAGCGCUCACUCGAGAGACCAUAACGCUUAGGCAUGCUGCAAGACAUCUUCGAGCAGCGACAUUACAUGCCACGUCUUGCCGUCGUCGUAGAAGAUGUUCCAUUUGUCUUUACGCCCAACGUACAUUCGCUGAGGUCGAUGAUUAUCGAGAUGAUGGGAAUCUCUUCAAGUGCCUUCAAGCGCCCCUACAAGAUUUGCGUACUUGGUUACGACCAAAUACAACGACUACAGCAGGUCCGUCGCGUACACCAAGGACAAGUUCUCCAUUGGCUGAACGAGAGAUCGCUUACAUCGAUGACUCCAGUGUCGACAGUAGCGGCGGUGGUAGCACCAACGGUAGUAGCGAUAGUACAACCAGUAGUACUACCAGUAACAGCAGUAGUAACAGUGCCUCGGACGAUGAGGCAUAUCCAAGUACCUUAGUCGCUGCGAUGUCAUUAUCAUCGGCUAAUUCUAACGUACCACCUACAAAUAGAGCAUUUUCUUCUGACUCAGGCGGACAAUUUUUAGGUUCUCCUCGGAAGUCGGUGACCGCAGAUCACGGUGUUUCGAAAAUGGUUGCAGCAGUACCAGCAGUAGCAGCGGUUGCAGCAAAACCAGAAAAAUCAGCGAAUCUCUCAGCUGUAGCGAGCCGGACGAUCAGGGUACGGUGGGAGGAGGAGGAGGAGGAGGUGGUAGUGGUGGAGGAUUCACACGUUCCAAGUGGACAUCAUCCUUCCGCAAAUUGCUCGGACGUAAAUUGAAAUCGAAGUCAGCAACAACGUCCAAUGGUGGAUCAUCGUGAACGAUCACAACACACUAUUGAAGGAUAUGACGAUGAAUGAUAACGUUGGAAAAGAUCACAUAGAUCUUUUCAACAAAUUCCCUUUAUUAUGUGAUUGUUCAAAGUAUAAUUCAUUUUUUAUCGUCUAAUAUAAAUUAAAAACAACAAGAAAAUCCUUUUUUUCUCUCUUUGCUUUUUUUUUUUUCUUCUAGACUUAAUAAUUAUUUCUCUUUUUUGUUUUCUUUCUUUCUUUCUUUUUUUUUUUUUUCUUAACACAAGUGAAACACUUGAUUUUUCGUGCGAUCUGGUAUUAUUCUUUGUUAUCCAUUUUUUUUCUCAUUUAUUUUUAUUUAUUUAUUUUUUUUGUCCUUUUGGGUUCCUUCGAUCAAAUAAUUUCGAAAUAUUUGACGUUCCAUUUAUUAGGACAAAUCAUUCCACAAAACUUGAUAAUAAAUAAAUAAAUAAAUAAAUAUAUACAUAUAUUUAUUUAUUUAUUUAUACGUAUUUAUAUAUAUUUUUCCUUUUUUUUAUCGAGGAAAGACAAAAAAUCGUCGAUUCAAUACUGCCGGCUACGUGCAUAUCGAAUUGCAUUAGACUUAUAUCGCGUUAUAUAUUUGUUAUAUGUAUGAAUAAAAAGUAUGUGUACGUACAUAUAAAUGUGCAAGGAUUCGCUCGCGUGAUUUAAUCGUAUGAUGUAGUAUAAUGAACAAAUACACACAAACACACACCUACACUCUGGAUAUAGGUUUAUAUUUAUUAUCGUUAAUACACAUGAUCUAUGUCGAAGUUGUUAUAGACAUCAUGCUGACAAUAUAGUCGAUUGCGAGAUAAACUAUAGCUCAUUCCUAAUACAUUUUUUUUAAUCAUUAUCAUUAUUUUUAUUAUUAUGAUUAUUAUUAUUACUAUUACUUUAUUACUAUUACUAUUAUUAUUACUAUUAUUAUUACUAUUAUUAUAAUUAUAUUUUUUUUUCACGCUUUUUCAUCGUUUGCCAGACUAAAAAGGGUACUUAUAACAUAAGGUGAUUAAUUUAAAAGAACGAUUGAUAAAUAAUAUAUAUAAUAAUUUGACGAUUAUAUAAAUACUACGAGAACUUUAUUUAUUUAAGUGUACAUUUGAAUGAGCGCAUAUUGAUACAUUGUAACUAUAUAUAAUUAUCAUAUUUAAGAUAUGAAAUUUGAUUUAAAUGAAAAUUUGCGAAAGACUCGUUCUUUGAAUUGGAUAUAAAGUAGUUUCGAUUAUAAAAGGAAAUUAGAUGAGAACAAAACAAACAAACAAACAAACAAAAAAAAGAAACAAAAACAAAAGAAAAGUUAAUAAAAAUAAAUUAAAACGUUAUUGUUUUCAUUAUGAGAUUUUUAUGUCGUUACGUUUAUAGCGCGUUUAUUAUUCGAAUUGUUAAACUAUUAGCCAAAGAAUUUAAUAGGCUAUAUAUAUAUUUAUGUAUAUAUAAAUAUAUAUAUAUAUAAAUAUAUAAUAUAUAGACGAGAGAUAUAUACAAAUCGUAUAUUAUCGUGAAAUUAGAUAAAUUAAUGUAAUAAUUCGACGACAUCAACAACAACAAAAAAAAACCUACUUUUUAUUUAUUUAUUUUUCUUUUUUUCUUUUCAUCGAUUCAAAUAUAUUCGAAUACUUAAUAUUAUGGGUAUUCGACUUUGUAGUACGAUAAUGAAAGAAAACAAAAAAACGAUUAAUAAUUAUAAAUAUCGAAGUUGCAAUUGUAUCUCGAAUUUUGUAAUGGUACAUGCAUAUACAUAAACACACAUACAUACACACGAAUACAUAAAUAAAUACAGACGCGUCAAAAUAUGCUUGCUGCGAAUUCUUUUCAAUAAAAAAAAAAAAAAAAAAAAA